UUUAAUUGGACAGCGUCAGCGCAUGUUGUUUUAGUGUUCGAGGAUGUCGAUUUUCAGUACUUACAUUUGUAACACUGACCGGUAAACAUUAACCUAGUGGAUUUUGUAUAGUCAAAAUUACUAUAUAUAUUUUUUUUUAAUAGGUUGCCCUUAAAAAUUUAAUUUGUUAGGGUAUGACUGAUGCAUUUAGUAGCACAGCCUAGGCGAGUUUUUUUAACUGAAUAUGGAUAUAUUCUUUGUGUACCAGUUUUUACUGGACUCAUCCUUAAUAUGAACUAAUGUAAAUGGAUGUAAGUUAAAGGUUCAUUAAGUAGGCACCAUGUGCAUCGUCUAUUUGAUUGCGUUUUUAUUUAGCCUAACAUCAGAGCAGUGUUCCUCCAAACUGAUAGAAGAUUCCAGUCAGAGCUUCAUGGAGAGGACGCACACAGGGAAGACGUCCUUUAUAUACUUUGGAAAUCAUGUCAAUCCAACCAUCAAACUGUUCAUGGAGCAGCUUGAGAUGUCAGCUGAUGCCCUACAGGACUAUGGAAUAUCUGUUGUGAAGGUGAACUGUUCUAAAGAUGCUAUAGCAAACUACUGCACAGGAGAAAAGCUCAUGACCAAGGCAUACUUGUUCAGAGGCUCUGAGGUCCUGAGGAGUUUCGACAUCGAUACCGUAUUUGACGUCAACGCAAUUGUUUCUCAUGUGCUUUUCUCUGUCCUCUUCAAUGAAGUCCGUUAUGUGCACACACCUGCUGAGCUGCUGCGUGUGGAGAGCGCGGCCAAACAAAACAGUGGCAUUGUGGUCGGUCACAUACCAGUGCUUGGCCUUCCAGAGCACCGAGCUUUGAUGGAGGCAGCGUUUGUGUAUGGAACCAAAUACCAGUUUGUCCAGACGACUGGCACUUUGGUUCUAAAACAUAUGGGGGUCGUCGAUCCCUCUUCCUCUCAAGCACGGCUGUGGUUUCUGCACUGUAAAGAUGUGUCCAGGCGGUCUGAUCCGUGUCCCAGCAUUCCAAUGAGGAAACCACUCAACACCAUCAACAUACACACCUUCCUGCAGCUGAUGGAAGCACCUCUAGUGACAGAGGCAGUGCUGGACCCGUCUGAGGUAGAUGUGGUUCAUAUGCACCUCGGUGUGCCUGUGCUGUAUCUGUUCUCUCAGCUACAAACCCAGCAGCUGGACCGGGCCACCGCUCAAACUCUCGCCCUGCAGCUCCGCGGGGAGGUCGGAGUAGUGCUCAUUCACAGGGACAGUCCGAAUGUGAAAACUUCCCUUAAAUACAACGCCGCUUACAGACUCCCACAGGAGGAUGUGAAAUAUUUUACCCUGAAUAGCGCCGAAGGGGUUGUGAAACUUUUCAAAGAAGAACUUUUGCAAGAACACAAGUUCGAAGACGAAGAGGAAGAUGAGCAACAUUGGUCAGAUCUUGAUAUUCUCGAUGAUGAGGUGUCCGAGUCUGUGUACAGAGACCGUGAUCUUAUGCUGGAUUUGGAGUCUGUUAUUGAGCUCACUUCAGACACUUUUCAAAUAACAGUCACACAGAAUUAUGUCACAGUGGUGCUGUUCUAUUUUAAAUGGGAUGCUGUCUGUAUGGCUUUCAUUCAGUCAUAUGUAGAGGUGGCGGAUGCACUUGAAGGUAUGAAUGGGGUAAAGUUGGCGGCAGUAAACUGUGGAGAAUGGACUGACAUUUGCGGUGAUCACAAUGUCACUUCCUUCCCCACCGUUCUGAUCUACCGGCCCAUGGCUGCGGCUCAGCUCUAUAAGGGAAUGCUGGGAACCAAGAGCCUACACAGGUUCAUACUACUGAGUCUGGUCUCCAAUCCUUACCUUCUCUCCUCUUCUGCUGAGGUGAUGUCGUUCUUGGAGGGAGAUUUGUACAGUAAAUAUAUGUAUCUGACCUCUGUCAGAGUGCUGGGCCUUUUCAGUUCAACACAUGAUAUGGGUAAGCCAACUUUCCCAGGAAAAACAAAUAUUUUAAAUUGUAAUAGCAUCUUGUAAUAUUACUGUUUUUACUGUAGGGUGGAGGGACUGUCAGUAAACCUGCCUGCUCUUCUGGUGUCCCGCAGCCCUGGAGUUCCUUAUGAGGUCUAUUCUCUCCCAUCAUCCUCACCAACGGACCUUGUCUCACUUAUAAAACAAGUGGAGCUGGAUCGUUUUCCUGAACUGACCGUGGAAAAUCUUCCAUGGUAUUUGGAGCUUGAGAAACCUUUGCUGCUGCUUUUUAUCGGAAAGGAGGACAGUACAGAGAGUACGAAGGCUUUAGCAGAGAUAAAGCAACUGCUGAGCUCUGGACAGCUGGAUUCCUUCCUGCCAUGUUGGAUCCAUCUAGGUCGGACACCUGUCGGGAGGCCUAUCCUGGAAAAGUAUCUUGGCUUUGUACCUCCACUUCCUGUUUUGGUGAUGUCACGGUUAAAAACUGGAGAAGAGGUGUUCCUUUUCCCCCCAGAGCGCCCCCUAAUGGCUAAGAACAUCCUUCAGUGGAUUCACGAUGUGGAAAACGGACAGGAACAACCAGCAGGCUUGAUCCCAGAUGGAAAAUGGGGCCCUCCUGUGCCAUUCUUUGACUUUCUGGCAAUAAUGGACCAAGAAGCACCGACUUACGCAGCUCAGAGGGCUCCUAAAAUAAAGACUGGGGGCAGGGAAGACCACAGAGAGCAGAAGCAUGUGGCCCCAAACCAAAGACAAACCCCACAUCCAUCACCAAACCCCCAAGCACCUCGCCAGCACUCUGAACUAUAAGUCCUCUCAUGGCACAGAAGGUUAUGUAAGCAAUUCACAUGACUGCUUGACAUCUGUUCGAUUUUACAUUACGUGUGACGUUAACAUCUUCAGUGCUAUUGGCAGAAAUGUGUGUAUAUCAGAACGUGGCUAUCACACAUUUUCCAACGUAUUUUUCACAAAUCGAAUGGACUUUUCCUCAAUUAAAUCAAGCUAGUUUACAUUUUAGUGCUGUAACUUUAUACUUUAUACACAGAAUGUGAUAUUUAAAACCUGAAAAAGAUCUACAAGAAUGUAUUUAUCCAACGCAUUUAUCUAAAUGUUUUUGAGAGACCGUAUUAUUCCGAUUUGGUAAUGUUUUUAUACAAAUACAGAGCUUCACAUAUGGAUGACAUUUGCAAAUUUGUACAUUGUCUGUUGUUUCAGUCAUGGAAGAACAGCAGCUGAGUUUUUUUUACCAUAUCGUGCUGCUUUCAUGAUGGAAAGACUAACGUCAAACCUGAAAGAGGCUGGAUCUUUGGUUGAUUGCAUUGUUAAAGUUAAUUAGCGAGGGAAGAACUACUUUUUAAUUCAAACCAUAGUUACCAAACGAGCCCCCCGUCUUUUGUGUGCUGCCGGGAUCUGUAUCCAGUAUUUAAACCCUAAUGCAGAUGUUUUUGGGAACUUUUUAAAUACCAAUUUUUUUGGCAAUGAAAUGCGAUCCCAAUAUGUGGUUGGAUGCACAUGCAUUUUAACGUGAGCAGAAAUGUUCAUAUAUACACUCAACCAUGUGAAGGUCAUUAUAUAGGAUAAGCCUGCAUGGAAACUCCAUAAGCAUACUAGACCUCUGUUUACAGUAUCUGUGCUAUGUCCUCACAUGAGAUCUCUGACUUCUGCAAUGAACAUCAUUUCAGCAGUUAGUUGAGUCUCAUUUGAGUGUUUAUAUGUGACCCUGGAGCACAAAACCAGUCAUA